GAGAGGAAGAAGGUCGAGAGCCAUCCAGACUACAGAGCGUUCUUUGAGCGGGCCACCCUUCUGGUGGAGAGGGUCCUCGGCCAGGAGACCUGGGAUUUGGCUCUUGACUUCAAAAACACCUCGGCCGAGGGUGUGGAGGGCGAGGGUGGAGGCGCAGAUGCCUUGAAGCACGUGGACGACUAUGUGGAGGACAAGUGGUCGCGCGGUCGUCCCGUGACAGACCUUCGCUUUUCACCGCACAACAAGGAGAUCUUCAUCGCCGCCUAUCACCAGAAAUCGAACCCCGAACUAUCGGAUCCAGAUGGCUGCAUGCUCGUGUGGAACCUUUCCAUGAAGAGCCGGCCGGAGGUUGUUUUCUCUGCGCCCAGUGCCGUCUUGACAGCCAUUCCCCACAAGUUCGAUCCUGCCUUGCUUUAUGGAGGCACCUACUCUGGUGGCAUCGUCUUGUGGGACACUCGGCAGAAGGCUGGUCCGGUGCUGAAGACCCCUCUGAGCGGUAAAGGUCAUGCGCAUCCCGUCACUGCCAUGGAGCAAGUGGGCACUCAGAAUGCGACAAAUCUCGUCACAGCCUCGAACGAUGGGAGACUCUGCGUCUGGUCGCUCGCAAUGCUGAACCAGCCACAGGAGACCGUGGACUUGAAGCACGAGAGCAAAGGUCGGAGAGAGCCCUCGGUGAUGUCCCUGUCCUUCCCAGAGAACGAGACCAAUGUGCUCUACGUGGGUUCCGAGGAUGGCGCCAUGUGGCAGGUGAAUCUCCGAGGUACCAAGACUGGGAUCACUGAGCUCUACGAUGGGCACGAUGGUCCUGUAACUGGCGUCCACAUGCAUCCUCAUCAAGGAAACGACUCUGGUAUCUCUGCGGAUACCACGACGGACUUGUGUUUGACAAGCUCGUUCGAUUGGAGCAUCAAGCUUUGGAGGGUAAAGCAGUUCCAGUCUCCGGUCCUCUCUCUGGAUACGUUCGAGGACUAUGUCUACGAUGUGAGAUGGCAUCCCACGCAUCCGGCGGUCUUCGCCUCCACGGAUGGCGAAGGGCACAUCGACCUCUGGAAUCUGAAUAAGAACAUCGAGCUGCCGGUACUACGAUGUGAGAACCCCAAUGGACGGAGGCUGGCGUUGAACAAGUGCCACUGGUCCAACGAUGGGCGGAAGCUCGCAGCAGGGGACAGUGAGGGUACGGUCAGUGUCUUCGCUGCGGAUCGCACUGUCGCGCAACCGAGGAACGAAGACUUCUUGCAGUUCCAGGAGCGGGUGCGACAGCUGAAGCCCAUCGUUCAGCGCACGCGGGAUUCGGGGUAUGGCGACGCUCGCCUGGCCGCGAUGGCGAAAGGUUUGGCACACUAG